AUGCCAGCUCACCCAACAGUGUUUCCUCUCUCCCUCCUCCAAUUCUCCACCAAUCGUCCCCAUCUCUUGAACACCUCCCAGGCUACACCUCCCCUCGCCCGCCACAUUACCUGGGGUGGGCCGAAAUUCGUCUCGACCACCCCGGACGCGUUUCUGGCCCGAAUCCAACGAAACCUCGAGCACCUACCUGUCCCCCACAGCGCUCCUGAUACUACAAAAACGGCGCGGAACGACGGACGCGUUCCCGCGCGGCGCGACUUCCCAAAUUCGGGUGGCCCCAACUUCCCUGGGUCACCCCGCGCUCAAUUCGCGGCCGUUUCCCACCAAAUUGCGGAGUUCAGCACAAACGAGGUGCCCGUCCAACUGUUCAAGUCGGCGGCACAAACCGCCGCGCCGUUGUCUCACGCCGCCACAUUGCCGCCCACACCUAGCCAAAACGUCGGCACUUGUCUCCCGGCCCCAGUUCCGCGACGCUCGACCCCAAACUCGGUCCUGGGGCUCUCAUGGCACGCCCCCACCGUCCGCCAGACGCCGGCGCCGUCAGCGCCACCCCUUCCCGCUCAUCGGCGCGCCCUUCCCGCUCACUGUGUCGUCCGGCACGCGCUCAGUUCUGGGCCGUUCUGCGCCAAAUCACGGCUUUAA